AUGGACUACCAAUCUGGCAAGAUGGAUGACCUGUCUCAGGACAACAACAACAAAUCACAGGCCAACACUUCAUCAAAUACCUCUUCGUCAUCGUCAUCCUCAUCACCAGGCAAACCGGCAGCAGUUGCAAAGAGGGAGGCCAAGUCAAAGAAGUUAUCAUAUGUCCAGCACUGGAAGUUCAAACCUUCGCACCCUCCCAAGGUCCACCAGGCCAAUCCCUCACAGCGACUAUUACAACCAGUCGAUGGCAGUAUCAGUGGCAACUCUGGAGAGUCGGAGUCUUCGCCAGACGCUUCACAACAGGAACCACUCAUAGAUGAAGAUGAAGGCGGUGGUGGUGAGCCCACCAAGUUCAACAGCAAGAGGCGUCGAAACUCAGCACCAUCGAUCAAUAACUUUGUUGGACAUUGGCGCUAUGAUCCCAAGGCACAUCAGACGAAACAGCUUCAAAAGGAGAUAAUUGGAUAUCAUCAAUUCCAAAUGAAUCAAAAGAGAAAGAGUUCGAUCAGUGAGCCAAGCACUGGCACUAGCACUGGGUCUGGAGCUGGUUCUGGCACUGGUAGUGGCGGAAUCAGUAUUAGUGGCAACUCAUCACCAAUUGGAAACAUAUCACCUCAACAUCUGCCACAGCCACAUCUUCGACCACAACACCCGACCGCCAUCAAUGAACAACACAACAGCGACUUCAUCCAACAACAACAUCAACAGAUAUAUAUGAAGAAUAUGCAGAGCUCACAUGGACUGGAACAAUUCAGUCAUGAUGACUAUCAUCCUGAUCAGAUCACUCAACAACGAAUGUUCAAACCAUUCCAUCCUUAUGGUCGUGGUCGAGCAUCCUCACAGCCCAAUCACAUGACACCUCCUGGAUCGUCGACGCUUCCGGUACCUCCGCCUCCCAUCAUGAUUGGCGGCCACUCACACACACCUCCUGAUGUUGUUGGAUCAUUACAUCCUCAGGCACUGGCACCACCCUACCCUGGUCACCCGCCCAUGUUUCCACGCAGUGACAGAAGGUACUCACUACCAGCAUUGCCAGAUAUAUAUAUUGCCUACCAACAGCAACAACAACAAAACCCACAUCAUAUGGUACAUCAACAGCAACAGUUACAACAACACCAACAACAACAAAUGCAGUACUAUUCUCCGAACAAUCCAUUCAGGGGCUCACCAAGCCUUCACCCAUCAUCAUCACCACUUUCAUUGUCGUCGUCAUCGACGACCUUCCUGGACACAAUACCCGAGAUCCCUUCACAUGCCCAGGGAUCUGGAGGUAGCGGCGUGGACAGUCACUCACCAAAGAUGCCAGGUGGAGGCCCCGGAACUGGAGUUGGCGUCACGGGAUCACCAAUAUCGACAGGCACCUCGCCAUUCCUGUGGCCAAGUGGACCACCACCACAAUCAUCUUCCUCCCCGCCCUACUCGCCUUCAUAUGGCUCCAAACCACAACUGGUGCACCAUGUAUAUCAACAGCAACAACAACAGCACCAUCUAUCACCAAUAACAGGCGACAACCCUGUUUCGAAAUCACCCUCACCAUCGCCAUCUCGACGGUCUUCGCUGCGUCCAACUCAGGUGUUGGAUGACACUUCCUCCCCCAACAACAACAACAACAACAACUACACCGCCAUGAUGAUGCACGGUGGCAUUGGCUACGAUCGGCCAAUGUCCUCCAUCGGCAGUGGUGUCAAUGUACAUAAGCCCCCAUUUUCUCCUCAACACCAGCAUCAGCAUCAUCAAGCAGCAGCAGCGGCAACAUCCACAACACUUCCUUCAAAGAUAACGACAACGACAACGACAAAGAUAACGAAUAUAACCUCUCCUCCCCCUACAUCUUCUUCCUCCCUAUCCUCCUCCUCAUCCUCAUUGGACCAUCCCAUGACAGCCAAGACACAGUUAUUACCUAACAAACCAGCAGAGUCCAUCUUUGAUGAUAGAGACUCACAACAGAGUAACAACAACAACAUUGGUUCAAAGAUGACAUUGCCAUCGAUGCGUGAUCUUCUCAGUCAUUUGAACAUACAAGAGUCGACAUCAACAUCCUCUUCUUCUUCUUCGACUGGUGUAUCACCAUCGAUCAGUGGCAGUGGCAGUGGCAAUGAGGGUAAAAGUGACGACAAGAUGUGUAUAAUAAACUUGGUGCAAUAG